UGGCGCGAACCCUGAUCAGUCGUAUAGCGGCGGCCGUACCUGUCGCGACGGAAUAUAAUGCACUGUAUCACAACAAACUGAACGGAACCGGUUGUCCUUUUUCCGCAUCUUUCGUUACUUCGCGUUCUCAUUUACCUUAACCUUGUUCGCGCCCGUGACUCUUUUGUAUCGACAUUCGACGCAGCCCGACACAGAGUGAAUAUUCGCCUCUUUGUGAACAGAAGUGACCCCCUGCGAUGUCGCACGACAAUUUGGGAUUUACAUCGAGCACGAAUGUUCUGGACGCCAAGAAAUGGACUGCGUCGACCAAGAGUCAAAAUGGUUUCGAGCCAGGACGCAACCGAGGGAACGUCUACGUCCUAGAGCUCGAGGACAAGAACAAGAAGAGCGUGCAGGUGUACGAGGAAGACUACGAUCCGUAUAAUCACAGAGAGGUCGAGCAUCCCACGACGAGCGCCGAGACGUUGCUCCACUUGCUGAAGGGCAGUUUGGGUACGGGAAUCCUCGCGAUGCCUAGAGCUUUUCACAACUCGGGCUACGCUGUUGGUAUAGUGGCCACCAUAAUCAUAGGUCUGCUCUGUACUUACUGCAUACGAAUUCUCGUCACCUCGCAAUACGAGCUCAGCAAAAGGAAAAGGGUUCCGUCGCUGACCUACCCUGCGACAGCGGAAGCUGCCCUCAUGGAGGGCCCAGCGCCCUUCAGGUGUUGCGCCAAAGCCUCUGUACACGUAAUAAACGUGUUCCUGAUGAUAUACCAAUUGGGGAGCUGCUGCGUGUACACCGUAUUCAUCGCCACGAACUUGAAGAUGGCAUUGGAUUCUUAUCUACCCGAGAUCGACUUGAGAUUGUACAUGCUGGCGAUCCUGUUGCCCCUGAUCCUCGUCAAUUGGAUCAGGAACCUCAAGUUCUUGGCUCCGUGCUCGACGAUCGCGAACGGCAUCACGUUCGCCAGUUUCGGUAUAAUAUUGUAUUAUAUCUUCAGAGAGCCAUUGUCCUUCGAAGAUCGCCAGCCGAUCGGGAACGUUCAGGACUUCCCGCUCUAUUUUGGCACCGUGCUCUUCGCUCUCGAGGCCAUAGGCGUGAUAAUGCCACUGGAGAACGAGAUGAAGGCACCGAAGAACUUCAUCAAGUCCUUCGGGGUGCUCAACAUUGGAAUGGGCGCCAUCGUAGUUCUGUACACCGCUAUAGGAUUCUUUGGAUACAUACGUUACGGUAGCGCUAUUCAAGGCAGCAUUACCUUCAGCCUGAACGAGCCUCUGCCGCUCGCGAAGAGCGUCCAGAUCCUCCUGGCGGUGGCCAUCUUCUUCACGCAUCCCAUCCAGUGCUACGUGGCCAUCGACAUCGUCUGGAACGAAUACAUGGCGCCGAUGAUGGAGAAGAACUCGCACAAACUCUUGUGGGAGUACGUCGUCAGGACCGUCCUAGUCCUUGUCACGUUCUUGCUGGCCAUAGCAAUCCCGCAGUUGGAACUCUUCAUCUCCCUGUUCGGUGCUCUGUGCCUGUCCGGGCUGGGUCUAGCUUUUCCAGCGAUUAUUCAGACCUGCACGUUCUGGAACGUGCACGAUCGCACGGAGAGGAUGCUGAUGGUGGCGAAGAACAUGUCGCUGGUCCUGUUCGGGCUGCUGGGCCUGGUAAUCGGAACGUACACGAGCCUCCGUGACAUCAUCGCGAGCUUCUCUUGAGGUACUCGUCCGCGCAAGUCGACGAGGAGAUCACGAAUGGCGGUGAUCGUGAACGAGGCGAAGAAAAUAUUAGGAUAGGCGUUGCUCCCCCGAGGAAGAACGCGGCAAUGUGAUAUAUAGCGAGGACUCGUCACCGCAAGAGUACCUAACGAAUGGGUCUGGAUUCUUCGGACGAAGAUCUUGCUCCCUUCGAGGACGUAUUUCAUAAAUACGCCUCGCGUCGUGCGAUAUGGGACGAGCUGGGUCCCGUUUCGAGAGCAGAGGAAGAGGAAGAGGACGACGGGCCAACGUGCGCGUCACGAUCGGCGAAUUCUGGAGAUGAUGUUUCAACGAAGUCAAGUUCGCCUACUGACAAGGAACUGUUUUUAUCCGUUUGUUACAGCCGUGAUUUGGAUUGGAAUCAUGGGAUCAAGGGAUUGGCACUCGGAUGAAAUGCGAGCGAGCUAUCGAUGUAUCUUGAUUGGUUUAGAACGAAGGAAUUAAGUCAUCUAUUCAUGUACAUAGACAACGUCGUAGCGGAAUCAAGAUAGAACCACGCCUAGAACGUUGUGCUCCAGCAAUAAUGUCUGUCCAAUCUUUGGACUAAACGAGAACUUUUAUUAUUCUUGUCCAUCGUUCGAGCUUUCAGUUCGACAAUGCGCGACGCGCGUUUCACGAGAUCGUCGUACACUUUAUCGAUACUUUGCCACGGGCAAUGGGUCAGAUACUCGCAAUCAUCUCAACCUAAGAUAGUCAGUACCAUUCACCAUUACGUUAAUUUUAAUAAAAUGAUCUGUUUAGUGUUUUAUAUA